ACGGGAGCCGGGGCCGCCGGAGUGCUGUGGGGCUGUCGCGCCGCACCGCACCGCGCCGCACCGCACCGCACCCUACCGCACCCUACCCUACCCUACCCUACCCUACCGCGCCUCGCCGCGGUGCCGAGCCCCGCAGAUCCUCAGGAGGACGCCCGGGGGACGCCCCCUUCAUCCCCGCGCCCAGGAGACACCUCGCCCUUAAGAAGCAGCGGCUCCUCUCCCACCGCAGGGGGACCGAAAGAUGAAGCGGCUAUCUGUCCUGCCCCAACAGUGUAUUUUGCUGAUGACAUGUCUCCUAAUGGCCUUGGAAGCUGUACCUAUAGACAUAGAUAAGACAAAAGUUAAAGGAGAAGGCCACGUAGAAGGAGAGAAGGUAGAAAGUCCAGAUACAGGACUUUAUUAUGAUGAAUAUCUCAGGCAAGUAAUAGAUGUCUUGGAAACAGAUAAGCAUUUCAGGGAGAAACUCCAGACUGCUGACAUAGAGGAAAUAAAGAGUGGAAAACUAAGCAGAGAGCUUGAUUUAGUAAGCCACCAUGUGAGAACACGGCUGGAUGAACUAAAAAGACAAGAGGUGGCAAGAUUAAGAAUGUUAAUUAAAGCUAAAAUGGAUUCUGUUCAAGACACUGGCAUAGACCAUCAGGCUCUCCUUAAACAGUUUGAGCACCUGAACCAUCAGAAUCCUGACACGUUCGAACCUAAAGACUUAGAUAUGUUGAUCAAAGCAGCUACAAGUGACCUGGAAAACUAUGAUAAGACCCGCCACGAGGAGUUUAAGAAAUAUGAGAUGAUGAAAGAACAUGAGAGGAGAGAGUAUUUAAAAACACUGGAUGAAGAAAAGAGGCAGCGAGAAGAAUCCAAAUUUGAGGAGAUGAAGAAAAAACAUGGUGAUCACCCUAAAGUUCACCAUCCUGGAAGCAAAGAUCAACUGAAAGAGGUGUGGGAAGAAGCAGAUGGACUAGAUCCGAAUGAAUUUGACCCCAAAACAUUUUUCAAAUUACACGAUGUCAAUAAUGAUGGUUUCCUGGAUGAGCAAGAAUUGGAAGCCCUAUUUACUAAAGAGCUAGAAAAAGUUUAUGAUCCCAAAAAUGAAGAGGAUGACAUGGUUGAAAUGGAAGAAGAAAGGCUAAGAAUGAGAGAACACGUAAUGAAUGAGGUUGAUAUCAACAAGGACCGGCUAGUGACUUUGGAAGAGUUCCUGCGAGCUACAGAGAAAAAAGAAUUUUUGGAGCCAGAUAGCUGGGAGACACUAGAUCAACAGCAGCUCUUCACUGAGGAAGAGCUGAAGGAAUUUGAAAGUCAUAUUUCUCAGCAGGAAGACGAACUUAGAAAGAAGGCAGAAGAUCUUCAGAAGCAGAAGGAAGAGCUACAGAGGCAGCAUGACCAGCUUCAGGCUCAGAAACAAGAGCUUCAGCAGGUUGUAAAACAGAUGGAACAAAAGAAACUACAGCAAGGAAAUCCUCCUGCCGGACCAGCUGGAGAACUGAAAUUUCAACCCCCCGGGGAACACAAAGUUGGAGAUGCACCAAAACAUCCUGCGGGAGGUGAUCAGCCUUUACCACCAGGACAUGUCCAAGAACCAGCUGCUAGAACUGAUCAAGUUCACCCUUAACCACUUGUGCCUCAACUUUAUAGCAUCUUUAUUAUUGGGGGGGGGGGGGGGGGGGCAGGAAAUCAGAGUGAAACAUGAGCUCUAUACUUUCUUCCCCAGAUUGUAAAAUCAUUGGGAAUGUUAGAGAUGAAGUAUCAAUCAGAUCUGAAUCAUAAAUUAAACUAAUUUUGUCUCCAGUGCAUCAGCGAGAAACAGAACAAGGGGAUCAUUUAGAGGCUAUAAUGGAGGAGGGGAUUGAGGAAACUAUUAAUACUAAAGAUUUUUAUGGCCAGGGGACUGAGCUGUUGAACUCUUCUCUUACAAAAAGGGAGGAGAUGUCUGCCAUUCUGUGUUUAGGCAUGAAUUGGAAUCUUCUCGGAGAGGAAGCAGGGAACUGGCCUGAAUGUCGUUAGGUCUAGUUUUAUGUAGAAACUCUUUCCAGAAAUGCUGAGAAGCAAAAAUUGGGAAAUGAAGACCAUAGAUAAAGGCCUACCAUUUCCAGCACUACCAAACCCUUUCUUCUUUGAGACCAAAUAAAAAUCAAACUUCUAAUCCUUAAUCACAGAAAAUUUGCACUUUCUAAAAUCUAAACACAGCAAAGAAUUACGUGGAGCAGUGAAUAUUUUUAAUGUUUACAGAAGCCUAAGAAUUUCACUGUAAGCCUUGAAAAGGAAUACUGUACUUCUGGUGUAUUGAUCUGAACCGUCCUCCUUGAUGAGAUUAAUUCUGUAUAGCAGUUGAACAUUCAACUGGGUCUUGGGACAGUAUUUUUGUCCCUGUUUCCUUCAUCAGGUGCCAGCUGAUCUCAAAAUUUUGCAUGUUAUUAAGUAAGCUUUUUAUGUUGAUGGAAAUAUUGUGCAAAACAGAACAAGACUCAUUGUCUUUUUCUGUGCAGAUUAUCCUACCUCCUAUGAUAAUACCAGAUUUUUCAAAAUGCACCAUGUGCUUCAGAAAGCUCUUCUCAGACAUGAAUCUUUGACUUAAAGAGUCUCACUAUUAACUCUUAUUAGUCUUUCGGCAGAUGGUGUAAGUUUAUGAAGUGUCCUGAAACAGGGGUGCUAUUGAUUGUAUUAUUUUGGUAUUGAACCAGGAUAGGUCCCUAAUAUUGUAAGCCAAGAUUUUACAAGAAUAAGUUGAUUUUCCUGUGGGUUUUACUAUAAUGUUGAAAAGUUGUGUAAUUGUCCUUGCUUGUUAUUCAUUUCAGACUGAAAGUAUCCUAAAGUGUAAACCCUGUUUGGGUUUUUUUGUUUGCUUGGGGUUUUGUGGUGGUUUUUUUUUUUAAACAUGGAUUGUUCUGAUUGUAUAACGCUGGCUUUGAACUGAUACACACACACACACCUUGGCAAGUAUCCUUUGCAUUUCUUUCCUGUUCUGUGGCUAACUGCUGACAGUGUCAUUAAGGGAGAUCAUUUGGGUUUUGAGCAAAGAAACAGAGGCAAGCCUCUGUUAUAGAAAGAUGUUCCUUUCAGAAUAAGACUUGAAUAUUUUAGGCAAACUCAAAAUAGACAGGAGGCAAUUACUAACAUUUUGUAUUGACAUUUGGGAAGUUUCUCAGUCUGAAGAACUUUGAUUGAUAGAAGCUAGGCACAUUCCUUCCAUGUUUAAGGCUGCUUUCAUCAGGCCUGAGCAUAUUCUUGUUCUCCACACAAUAUAAUAGAACUCACUGCCUGAACAGAUUAGGUUUCCUUAUCUGUUUCAUCUUGUUAGCUGUCAUGUCACAUUUCCUUCAUUUAUACCACUCAAACAAUUGGACUUCUUUUACCUUUCUUUUUGUUGUUGUUCUCUAUGCAAGUCAUUAACAUUUUAAUUUAGUUUCCCAAACCAGUGUCUCCACUGUUUGUCAUUUCCAUGCAAUUCUAACGUCAGUUUGAUUAUGUCUUUGUCAGGAGACUAAAAUACCUUUCAACAAUUUCAUCUGUUUGCUGAGAGGCCCAGACCUAGUUAGAGCUACAUCCAGACUAAUAGCAUUUCUCAGUGCACAGCCCUGGCUUUUGGGGUUGUAGCCUGAUAAUGGAUAACAGAGCAAGGAGGGAAACAAAGAGGGAAUUAUUUAAAUGUCGUGGAAAAGGUGAGGGGAAUUUUUUUGUGUGUUCUCCCCAUCCCGCAUGAAGGUUUACAGAGGACAAAGGAUACAGCCCCAGAUGUUUGUAGAGAAUCAAGGACUGAAACCUUUGGUGUGAAGGCAUUUCUACCAUACAAAUCAUUCCUUCAGGCUACAUCUGCCUCCUAACAAAUGUCAUUAUAUGUAAUGACAUGCUUUGUAAUGUAAUGCUCAAGCUUCGGUUUCAGUGCAACUGCUUCCAAUUUGAUGAUAAGAUCCUGACUCUCCCUGCUGUUGGAGAUGGGCAUUAUAUCCCUUUAUUCCAUUUACUUUGAAACAUCCAGAGUUUUGUAAAGAACUGUUGUAACUUGGGUGCUGAGCUCAGCUUCUGCUCGCCACAGUGUAGUGAGUGUCGGUGACUGAGGAAGCUGCUUGUGAGAAGCCAGAGAUUUCACUUGUCAUUUCAUCGUGAGUUAGCAUUAGCAAAAGUUCCUCAUUUUGCAUUUCAGCUAGGCACUGAGGUGCGUUCAGCAUAAAAUGGUGCACAUCCUUCCUUCAAUUGCUAUCUGAUACCUAAAUGUUGUUCUUAUCAGUGUUAAUUUAAUUAGUAGGCUUGUGGUUUAGCAAUAUACAACAGAUUUUCUGUUCUUUUUUUAGAAGUGGAAACAGGCAAUUUUUUAAACCUUAGAAUUGGUGAUUGGGUUUAUCUCUAACAAUAAUCAAGGUUUAGUCAAACUGACAAUUAUUUGCCCUAAAUUAUGUGGAAGUCAGAGCCUCAGUCCUCAUAAUGCUUAAGUUAUCAAAUUCCUACUGAACACAUCUUAAGUUUGUUGCCUAAAUGUUUUUGAGAUGAGAGCCCAAAUUAGAACUUCAUGCUUGUCCACCCAAUUAAAAAAUCUCAUAUGCAUGGGUACUUGUGUCACAUGUCCACAAAGAUAACGAGGACUGAGUGGAUGUUCUUUCAAAAGAUGACCUGUCAGGUCUGGUUUAUCAACAGGCUGUGUUCACCCAAUACUGUCCAUCUCAUCCUCCUCUGUAGAGGACUGCUAUCGUUCUUUGGGCCCAGGCUAAAAGAGGUCUCCAUCUGAGUGUAAUAAAGUCGCCAGACUUAUUUUUGUGGAUCAGUUCUGAAGUGUGGUUUAAGUAAGAGUUAUCUCACUGUGAGGAACAUCUGCCUUAGAGGUUAUGCAAUGUGCUGAAGUCAUGCUUACACAUGAAAUGUUUAGCAGAUUUGUUGCUUUUUAAUGUGUGUGUUGUUUUCGAUGCUGAUGUCUUCUUUUAAUUGGGUUCUCUCUUCCAUAAAAGAGACUAAAAGUAUUAGCCACUAAAAGCAUGUUUCUGCCAUGGUACUGAUUUCUCAGGAGCUUUUUAAAGUUGAAAAAAAAUUAUUAAACUAAGCUUAUAGCUAAGUGAGGAAAUAGAAAGCUAUAAUCACAGAUAAAUAAGGGACUGGAAUAUCAUGGGCACCAGUGCUUUCACCUGUACUCUGCUUUUCGUUUAGGAGGUGAUGACAAGAAAACCGAAUGUAACUUCAUACAGACACCAGUUCCAAGACAAAGAUGCAGAGAUUUGGUUUUGUACUUGGCUGGAGUUUUGGUAGGAGGAUGAAGGGGUAAGAUUUGGUCAAUGUUGUACAAAUUCAUAUCCUCCAGUGCAAUAUAUGUAGGGAAAAAAAAAAAAAGCCCCACUCUGGACUUUGUAUAGAUUAGUUUUUAACUGGAUUAAACUGAAACUCAGUGCAGUGA